UCUCGCUUACCACAUUGACAGCUGCCUCAAUAAAGCCAUCAUUUCUCCCCGUCAUUUACAUAUGGAUGUUCAGCCUUAUCAACACGGAUGCAAAUUCAGUGAAUCAAAAACAACUGUGACAAAGGAUGUCGGUAAUUAAUUAAAGAUGGCGCGGUACGGAGGUCCGGGCCUGGUGCUAUGUCUGACUCUAUGGACUAGUGGAUUUAUCUCCGCCACUUCACAACAACAGGCUAAAAAGGUUUACAGAGUAACUGUGAAAGAGGAGAUGCCGUAUAUAUUCCAGACACCUGGAGCCUCUGAGGGACCAAACGGCUUCGAGGGUUUACUGAUAGAUAUUCUUAAUCGAGUUUCGAGAAUUCUUGACGUCAAGUUCUCGUUAAACCACGUCGGUGAUGACGCAUUUGGCGAGAAGAGAGAUGACGGGACUUGGACGGGCAUGAUCGGCGAGCUUCAAAGAAAUGAAUCGGACAUAGCGGCCGGACCUUUGACCGUCACGGCUGAUCGAGCCCGGAUAGUAGAUUUCUCGCAGCCUUUCUCUAACACGGGACUAAGGAUAUUGGUGAAGCGUCCAGACAACACUCCGACCUCCAGUGACCAAGUGGUGUUGUUUGUUCGUCCCUUCAGUGUCGGUGUCUGGAUCCUGAUCCUCGUUACGUCAGCUGUGUUACACAUACUCGGAUGUGUCAACAAGAGAUUUAAUCCAAGAGAGAAACAUCUUGCUAAUGAGAGGAAUUAUGAUUAUGAAUACAGUCCAGCAUUUAACGAGAAAAUGAUGCACUCUUCCAAAGCUGGAUGGUUCCUGUCGACAACCUCCAAAGUGUUUGUCGUGUCAUCGGUGACGGUCUAUACAGCGCAGCUAACCAGCAUUCUGGUGCAGUCUUCUACCGCGGAGAAACAGUAUCUUCCAUUUGUUACGUUCGAAGGACUUCUGAAUCACCCGGAUAUAAACUAUACUUGUCUUGAUAAAAGUUUCGCUUGUACAUAUUUUGAAAAUUCAGUUCAACCUUUAGAAAAAUCUAUAGAAUUCCAUCUAAAAUGGGGCAAAAACACAAGAUACAAUAAUAUAGACACCGCCACUCAUCAUUUGCGUGAAAGUACAGAACAGCAGCACGCAUUAAUUAUAGAAUCCGAGUUUGCGUACUACGUGGCAAGUAAGAAACCAUGUGACCUAAUCGUUGUGGGUGAGGAGCUUGGUUAUCUGUCUCAUUCGUUCGCGUGUAGACCUGGACUAAGCGUAUGUCGUGACCUUGACGUCGCUAUCCUCACGAUGAAAUCCACAGGGGAGUUAGGGCGACUGAGGGAUAAAUGGCUGAGUGGUGUGUGCGGGAAGUAUUCAGAGAUGUCGUCUCCUUAUUCACAUGCCAAUAGAUAUACUACAGACAGAACAUUUAAUAUGAAUAAUGAAAGAACAGUGAGGAGUUUAGGGAUACCCCUUGUUAUAGUGUAUAGUGGGGUGGUAGUCGCCAUCUGUACGAUGUUGUGGGAAAUUUAUCGUCCGAAAUCAAAGGCGGUUAAAAUGUUCCGGAUUGAAUAUCACGAUAGAAGUGAUGGCAUUGAAAUCGAAUCAGGAUCAGGAAGUGACGUCAUUAAAUGAACGGAAGCUGUUACAGAUGUUAAAAUUCUAUUACGACACGAUGGAUAUUUCCACGAAAUAAGUACAUUGUAUGAAAUGGGAAUUCACCAGAGAAUGUCCCAAUUAACGCCCAUUCCAUACAUUACUGGACUCAAUCGUUAGGACUGCGCAGAGCGAAUAAGUGGAGAUUAGAUGGUGGCCCCUGGUGUUCGAUAUCACCCUCAAACUCGGAGAUAACCUACUUCGAUUGUUGCGUAACUAUUAUCUAAUGCCAAAAGUAUUUUGAAGGGUAAAGUAAGGAACAACGUCAUUUAAUAUGUAAGCAAUUGAACUGUUUUCAGUCAAAACCCACAGACCAUGAUAAUAAUGGAGAAAAGUAGUGCAACUAUUUAUUACCCUAACGAUAUUCAUAUCAUUUACAUUUCACAUCUCAUGUAUACCAAAGGCCUGAUUUUUUUUAUACUCAAACAUUUUUUUUUAUACUGAAACAUUGUUAAGCUAUUAAACAUAAACAUUUUAAGGGAUUAAAAAAAACUGCAAUGGUUGAAGAAAAAUGGCGACAAAGCAACAAGAAUUAGCUAUACUUCAACAUAUACUGUCGGAAAAUGAGAUUUGCGAAGAGAACAACGAUAUUUUUCAAAAAACUUUUAAUAAAAUGAAAUCAUGCCGAAGUGAUACUCCAUAUCAACUUCGUUUAAAUGCUUUGUUACUGACAUCGUUGCAAACAAACCCUGGAGAACAUGAAGGUCCUAUCAGACCAAAGGGUUAUUAUGUAGAAAUCAUCCCUCUUUACUCUUUGUCCGACUAUCAACAUUUGAAAGUCUACUUUGUCUACUACAACAGUCCAACACCUGAAUAUGUUAGUCGUAGACAAGUCGCAGU